AUGACUGCAAUCUCUGAGCAGAUGUGGGAGCUCGACACUGUGGAGGGUGUCAGAGACUUCUUGUCCAGCCUUCCGGAUAACCACAUACGCCUACAAAACUUCAUUGGCAAUGAUUUCGCCCAACAUUCCGACCCUGACAACUGGAUCGAAUCAUUCAAUCCCCGAACUGGAAACCUUCUAGCAAAGGUACCUCAAAGCAACGCUUCUGAUGUAAGCCGCGCUGUCGAGGCUGCCUCACAGGCAUUCCCAUCAUGGUCGAAAACCUCGCGACAAGAACGAUCAGAUAUUCUACUUAGGAUCGCCGCCAUUAUCCACGAGAAAAAAGAAGUUUUCGCUGUAUGGGAGAGCUUGGAUCAGGGAAAGACAUUGGCUCGAGCUCGAGUUGAAGUAGAGCGUGCGAUAUCGAACUUCCGAUACUUUGCUACUUAUAUUCUACACGAGGAAGGCUCUGCACGUUUUGUUGAUGGUCAGAUUUCCACCUUGACAUACGAACAUCGAUCGCCCGUCGGAGUCUUCGCACUCAUCUCACCAUGGAACAUGCCUUUGUACCUCCUCACGUGGAAAAUCGCACCUUGCAUCGCCUUCGGGUGUACAGGCGUUGCAAAACCAAGCGAGGUCACCAGCGUAACUGCAUUUUGUAAGGAGCUCUUCAUCCAGAUUCAAGUAAAAUCUACUCACUCGUCACUAGUACUCGGUGAAGUGUUCCGACAAGCCAAGCUCCCAGCAGGCGUGAUGAACCUUAUCUUCGGCGACGGACCAGGUGCCGGGUCAACACUCGUCAGGUCUCCUCUUGUGCGAGGUGUUUCAUUUACAGGCGGCAUAAGAACAGGUAUCACUAUUCGACGGGAUACGGUCGAGGACAUCGGCAAGCAUCUGUCCCUCGAGCUAGGAGGUAAAAACCCAACUCUGGUCUUUGACGACGUCGAUCUCGACCAGGCGAUUCCAAUUGCCGCACAAGCGGCAUUUGAGAAUAGCGGACAGAUUUGUCUCUGUGGAUCGCGGAUCUACGUUCACCGCGCUAUCUAUGACCGGUUCGUCUCUGCAUUUGUGGACUACGUAAAGAAGAAUUACCGAUGCGGGGAAACGGUUGGUCCUGUUGUUUCCCUCGCACACUAUGAUAAGAUUAGGUCUUACCUUCUUCAAGCCCAGAGCGAGAAGGCAACUUUCCUAACGGGUGAAAUUCCUGUUGAGAUCCCUACGGGCGGGUAUUGGAUUGAACCAACUGUGCUCGGCGAUCUUGGCACUGAGAGUAUUGUCAUGCGCGAAGAGAUCUUCGGGCCGGUGGUUACAAUAGCCCCUUUCGAUACGGAGCAUGAGGCGAUCCGACUAGCGAAUGACAAUCCCAAUGGAUUGGCUAGUAUCCUCUUGACGAGAGAUGGAUCGCGGAUGCGCCGAGUCGGGGAGCAGAUCGAUGCCGGACUAGUGUGGGUCAAUUGCUGGCUAGUACGGGAGUUGGGUACGGCAUUCGGAGGAAUGAAGGCAUCCGGAACUGGCCGAGAAGGAGGCGCACAUAGCCGGGAUGUUUUUACGAAUUUGCGGACUCUUCAUAUUCGUUAG